UAUUUCACUUUUACAGGCUUGUGCAAACUCAACCUUGAAGAGCUAGAUCUCAUAGGUAAUAGAUUUGAGGGUAGUCUUCCUGCGUGUCUCAACAAUUUGACAUCCCUACGUUUGCUUGACCUAUCCAGAAAUGAUUUUCGUGGAACUAUUCCUUCAUCUCUCUUCUCCAAUCUGAAGUCGCUCGAGUAUAUUUCUCUUUCUCAUAAUCAUUUCGAGGGUUCAAUCUAUUUUGGUUCACUAUUUAAUGACUCAAGACUCAAGGUUUUCGACCUUAAGAGCAAUAACAAGGAUUUGAGGGUUGAGACUGAAAAUCCAACACAGUCAUUUCCUUUAUUUCAAUUGAAAAUCCUCCAGUUAUCCAACUGCACCCUCAAUUGGCGGGUUGUACCCAACUUUCUUCUGAGUCAAUAUGAUUUGAGAGUGGUUGACCUUAGCUACAACAAUAUGACAGGAGGUGUCCCGACCUGGUUAUUAGACAAUAAUGCGAAUCUAGAACAUCUAAGCUUUCGAGGUAACAACUUGACGGGUGUUCUUGAUUUGCCCUCAAAUUCAAAACAUUCCCACAUGUUUUCACUUGAUUUCUCCUUGAAUUGCAUUCAUGGAGAGCUUCCACCUUUCAUCGGCUCUAUUUUUCCAAGGUUGGAGUUCUUAAACUUGUCUGGAAAUGCAUUACAAGGUAAUAUUCCUUCCUCAAUGGGUGAUAUGGAAUGGUUGGAAUCUUUAGACUUGUCGAAUAACCAUCUCUCGGGACAACUACCUGAGCACAUGAUGAUGGGUUGCAUCUCAUUGGUGUUUUUGAAGCUAUCCAACAAUAGUUUACUUGGCACUCUCCCUACAAUAUCGAACUUGACACAGUUGAAAUAUUUGUUUUUGGAUAACAAUGAUUUCUCGGGAAAGAUUUCUCAUGGAUUUUCUAAUAGCUCUUCCCUACAAAUUUUGGAUAUCAGCUAUAACUUGUUGACGGGUCAAAUUCCAGAUUGGAUUGGAGACUUCUCAACCUUGAGCGCACUUAGUUUGUCUAGAAAUCAUUUCGAUGGUGCUGUGCCAACAGGCUUUUGCAAACUCAACAAACUACGCUUUUUAGACCUUUCUCACAACAAAAUUGGCCCGACCCUUCCUCCUUGUGCCAAUCUAACAAACAUGAAGUUUUUACAUUUGGAAAGCAAUAAACUAACAGGACAUAUACCCCAUGUUCUGUCUGAAGCUACUUCUCUUGUGACAUUGGAUUUGAGGGAUAACACACUAUCAGGCCCAAUUCCCCUUUGGAUUAGUUUACUUUCAACAUUGAGGGUUCUUCUCUUGAAUGGAAAUCAACUUGAAGACUCAAUUCCUCUUCAUUUGUGUCAACUCAAGUCAAUCAGCAUACUGGAUCUUUCCCAUAAUCAUUUUUCCGGAACAAUACCUUUUUGCCUAGAUAAUAUCACAUUUGGAAGGGAAUCUCCAUUAAUAGAUGAUACAUUUAUUACCGAAUCUCGUUUGUAUGAAUUCUUAAUAAUAGGUUUUGAUGACAGUCAACUUUCUGUGUACACGGCUCUAAGUGUGAAUUUUGAGCUAUCGGCUGAAAGUGAAGAAAUAGAGUUCAUAACAAAGCGUAGGUCGGAAUCUUAUAUGGGAAACAUCUUGUACUUCAUGUCUGGAUUGGAUCUUUCAGGGAAUAAAUUAACAGGUCCAAUUCCUCCAGAAAUUGGAAAUCUAAGUGGGAUUCAUACUCUAAACUUAUCGUACAACCAGUUGAUAGGAUCUAUUCCAGAGACAUUUUCCAACCUAAAGGAAAUAGAAAGCUUGGACCUAUCCCACAAUGGAUUGAUGGGUCAAAUUCCACCACAGAUGGUAGAGUUAAACUUCUUGUCGGUCUUCACUGUCGCUCACAACAAUUUAUCAGGUAAGAUUCCAGAGUGGAAGUUUCAAUUUGCAACAUUUCAACAAAGCAGUUAUGAGGGCAACCCUCUUCUAUGUGGGCUGCCAUUAGAGCGCAGUUGCACUCCCAUCAAUGCCCCACCUGCAGUCAAACCACCGGUUUCAAACAACACAGAAAAUAUCUCUUGGGAAGCCAUAUUCUUAUGGAGUUUUGGAGGAUCAUAUGGAGUGGCAUUCUUAGGCAUCAUUGCUUUCCUCUACUUGAACUCCUCUUACCGAGAGUUGCUCUUUUAUUUCAUUGGAAAGCAUGUCCCUUUUCUUCGGUUAUGGGGUUGAUAAGCUAGUUCUAGUGUUUAAAUAAAUGAACUUUUGUAUAUUUGUAUGGACCUGCACUUUUCAGGUGCAUUCCUAUUUGAUGUCUUGAUUCACGCUUUUUUAUUAGUGAAAAACUAAAUUAUGAAA